CAACCUAAACAGCUCUCUCCGGCAUGUCUUCAAGAAGCCCAACUAACUAUUUUCUGUCAUUUUGACUAUUAAAUCGACUUUGUGUUCCUGCUGCAGCCUUUAACCUCCACCCAACAUGGACGAAAACACGUGUAAGCUGCUGGUGAAGCUCGCUCAGGAGGGACAGUUGAGUUCUCUGGAGAAACUCAUAUCAUUAGGUGGCUCGGCGGAGGUUCAGACUGUCGGCAGUAAACACUUUGGUCGGUCAGGGGACACCCUGCUGCACUACGCUGCCAGAAAGGGACACCUGGACAUUAUGGAGUAUCUAAUAACGCGGAUAGGCACGGAUGUGGAGGUGUACAACAACGACUACAAGAGACCGCUGCACGAAGCUGCUUCCAUGAGCCACCAGGCUUGUGUUAGCUACCUGCUCCGAGAAGGAGCCAAGGUGGACAGCUUGAAGAAAGCUGACUGGACUCCCAUGAUGAUGGCCUGCACUCGGAGAAACCUCGGCGUGAUCCGGGAGCUGCUGUGCCAUGGUGCCGACCCCGCACUGAAAAACAAGGACGGCUGGAACUCCUUCCACAUCGCCUCCAGGGAGGGUGAUCCCCUGGUCGUCCAGCACCUGCUUGUUGUCGCGCCGGACGUCUGGAGGACGGAGAGCAAGACGCGCAGGACUCCACUGCACACUGCAGCGAUGCACGGCUGUGAGGAGGUUGUUAGGAUCUUGCUGGAGAGAUGUGGCUACGCCCCGGGCUGCACUGACAGCUGUGGAGUUACUCCUUUCAUGGAUGCCGUCAGGAACGGACACAUUUCUGUGGCCCGGCUGCUUCUAGAGAAACACCAGGCGUCUCCAACAGCGGCUGACGUACUUGGGGCUCAGGCGGUGCACCAGGUCGCCGUCACCGGCCAGGAGGAGGCGCUGCGGUUCCUGGUGCAGGGCUUAAACGUAGACGUGAAUCAGAGAGCCACCGACAUCCAGCUCAGUGCCCUGCAUUAUGCUGCAAAGGAGGGCCACACGUCCACUAUAAAAACUCUGCUGGAGCUGGGGGCAGAUCUUCACGUUCGGGACAAAAAGGGAAGAACUGCUCUUCACAUGGCCUGCAUCGGGCAGCACGCGGACACCGCCAGGACUCUCCUGCAGCUCGGACUCAAAGACUCAGAGGACGCAUGUGGCACGACAGCAAUGCAGCAUGCCAGAAAACCAGACGUAGUGCGAGUGUUUGAAUGUGGCCUACCGGACCCAUCAUAACAUAGCGUUUGUGGUACAGGAUGCAGAUGUGUGAUUUAAGUAGAGAGAAGAACCUGAAACCUUUAAUGUGAUUAAAGUAAAUCAAUUUAGGGUGUAAUAAAUCUUAACUUGUUGUGUGGUGUAUUAUUGAGUGACAGAAUUUGGGGACUUUAAUCUCAUUGAGUUGAACAAAGGUCUUGCUUUAGUGUCUUUUAUUUACAUCAGACCUGACUUUCGUGAAUUAGACUGCUAUAACUUGAAAAGUGCCUCCAAAAAGAACUUUAAAAGGCCAUAAUGGUGUUUGUGCCAAGAGGCCGGCAUGGGAGUAAGUAUCUUGUUUAGAGAACGCUAUGCAGUGAGGUGUAGACAUGAUUGUACAAAUGAUUUGCCUUGUGUAUGCCACACCUGCCUGUCUAUGAUUUUGUACAAUUGUUGCUGUUAUGUCAGACGCAAAACAAAACCUAAGCUUGAACCAUUAGCAACCACCUCUGACAAUUCUCUAGUCUUUUUCGCCGGCUGGUGUGCAUUAGUUUGCAUGAAGGCCUCGUUUGUCAAAACCGGUCUGUGUAAAUGUGUUGUAUGUAUUGAAAUGUAGUUUUAGGCUCCUGAGUUGAGUCACUUGGGUGAGUAAUACAGAGGCUGACUUUGUGAACAUCACUGGGUUUACUCAACAGGUGUGUCUACCAUAAAUGUAGUCCACUCUGGCAACACAAAUAGUGUAAAGAGACUGCAAGGCAUUGUACAUCAUUACACUUGACUUGAUGGUGGAAUUCCUCAUAUGACAUGAUGAGUUCCUACAAAAAUAGACAUUUUAAAAUAGGUAAAACUUAAUUGAAUGAGAGUGACCAUGUAUUCUACAUACAAGGUGGGAGAAACUGUAGAGAACACAGAAUGUAAGACGAAUGACAUUCAACAAUAAAUAACAUACAAUAGCACUUGUUAUUUUAGGUCAUGUGGUUAGAAAGCAAACCAUUAAUAAAUUGUAUUUUAAGAAAAGGUGAAAACGUUUUUUUCAGAAGCCCAGUUGACUCAUUUACCAAACCAAGGCAAAGUGUGAAAUAUUAUCUAAAUGCAUAACCUGAAUCUUAAGAUAUGCACAGCACACGACACACAGUACAGUAAGAGGCUCGUGGUGAGAACUUAAGACGUUGUAAUUAUUAUAACAUGUCAACUGGCUGGUCUAUCUUGGUAUUUUGUCUGCCUGUCCUCUUGCGUCUCUCUAUUUCUUAAAUAAUAAGACG